AUGGAAUCGGCUUCGAAUAAAUUACAAGGACCCAAAGAAGAGUUUUGCAUUUUCAAGUGCUUCACCAUGGGUGAAGAAGAGUUGAAGGUGUUUGGAGCUUGGGGAAGCCCUUUUAGCCGCAGGGUGGAGAUUGCUUUGGAAUUGAAAGGCGUUCCUUCAAGUACGUGGAAGAGAAUGUCAUGCGUCCGGGUGUGGAAAGCUCUUCCGGGAAGCGGGGAAGAGCGAGAGAAGGCCAUGGAAGAAGUAAGAGAGUGUCUGAAAGAGCUCGAAAGCGUGCUCGAUGGGAAGCGAUUCAUUGUGGGAGAGACGAUCGGACUAGUUGACAUAUCAACAAACUUCAUUGCAUUUUGGCUUAGAUGCAUUCAAGAAGUUUCAGGGCUAGACUUUAUGAAUGCAGAACAAUUCCCCUUGUUGAUCAAAUGGUGUGAAGAGUUUGUAAGCUGCAAUGUUGUUAAGGAGCACAUGCCCCCUAGAGAUAAACUGAUCACCUUUAUGAAGAACUGA